GUUAUGUUUUCUGUAAACGAGCUUGUGCCUUUUAUUGUUCCCACGAGUUCAAUAACUCUUGAUGGUUAACUUAUAAUUUUGUUUUUUAUAAAUACUCACACAAAAAAUUAAAAUUUAUAUGGUUAAUAAACUGAUGUUAAAUAAGAAAUAACGCUAAAAAAUGACUGUCAAAUCAAAGAAAACAAAAACUAGUAAAGUAAAGAAGAAAAAUAUUACCAAGACUAAACUUUACAAGCAAGGCAAAAUCAAGACUAAGAAAAAUAAAAUCUCUUCAAGUUCCAGUCACAUAACUCAAAAUGUAAAUCAUGAGGACGCGGAGAAAACUACACUCGACAGAGAUAAUAUUCUUCAAACAAUAGAGGUUGAAGACUUGGAGUAUCUAAGGAAAGCAGUUUCUAGCUCAAGUUAUUCCUUAUAUAGCAAGUUGAGUUCUAAGAAAGAUAAAAAUAAAAAACGAAAGAGAACAGAUGAUCAUCUAGAUAAAAUUGAAGAGGAAUAUGAAAAAGACAUUGAAGAAGAAAACAAAAUAUUAAAUAAGAGGACUCGCCAUCUGUUGCCAGUAAAAACAUCUGAAGGCUUAGUAAGAAGAACUAUAGAGGAAGAAGUCCCAGAGGAAGAUGAAACGCUUGAAACUGUCACUGAAGACAAGCAAGAAGAGAAAGAAGAAGGAGAUGAUGAGUUGGCAUACUUGCCGGAGUUUGGUGAUGAGGAAGAAGAAGAUGUUUCUAGGCCUCUCAGUACAGCAGAAAUAUUAGCAAAGAGGGAACAGCUGCUAGCUCAGUACAAGUACAGGAUUGGACUGCUUGCCAGUGGGCUCCUAGAAGAUCCUCAGAAUAGGGUCAAAAAUAUAAGUUUACUCCUGGACACCAUGAAUGAGAGUAAACCAGAGGUCCGACUAACUGUACAGAAACUAGUUCUUCUAUCAUUAACUGAAGUAUUCAAGGACAUUCUACCGUCUUACCAAAUAAGCCAUCAUGAAGACAACACAGUUAAGUUAAAGAAAGACACAAAAACACUCCAUGAUUAUGAAAAAAGUCUGCUGAAAGGUUACCGCCUGUUCCUAAUGAGAUUGGAAAAGAUGGCCAAAAUACUACAGAAGAAGAAAGGAGACAACCGUGAUCGUAGUGAGCAAAUUAUAAAGCUAGGAGAUCUAGCCAUAAACUGCAUCUCAGAGCUGUUGGUAAGCCAUCCCUACUUCAACUACAACAAGAACAUAGUGCAGAUGUUGACACCGUACCUGAACCACCCCAGAGAAGCUGUUAGACAGAGAGUGGCUUCCUGUUACACUCAUGUGUUUAAAGAGGACAAACGUGGUGAGAUCACUCUUGAUAUUGUAAGGAGGAUAAACCAUCUUGUCAAAUCUAGAUCUCACACAGUUCAUAAGGAAGUAAUCUCCGUUUUGCUUGGUUUACGCAUCAAAGAUAUCAAUCUAGACCAAGAGAAAGAAUCUGAAAUCAAGCAGAAGAAAUUCAUGACACAUAAACAAAAACUUCUUGCAAUGAGUAAAAAAGAGCGGAAGAGGUCAAAGAAACUAGAACAACUUGAAAAGGAACUUCUGGAAACAAAGGCUGAAGAAAACAAACAAAGCAAACAGAAGCAAUUGACAGAAGUAAUGAAAGUGGUAUUCACUAUUUAUUUCCGAAUUUUGAAGAAAGCCCCGUCCUCAAAAGUCCUCAGUUCAGCAUUGGAAGGUUUGGCAAAGUUUGCUCACUGCAUCAAUGUUGAGUUCUUUGCUGAUCUCAUCGGUGUAUUGGAUAGUCUCAUGGACGGAGGAACUCUGAGACCUCGAGAGAAACUUCAUUGUGUUGAAACUGUCUUCUCCAUCUUGUCUGGUCAAGGUGAAGUCCUCAACAUCGACCCAUCACGCUUUUAUACUCAUCUAUACAACAACCUAUUCUACAUUAAUGCAGGCAAGACACAUGAGGAUGUAAAGAUUGUUCUUCGGAUACUAGAAAUAGUUCUGAUCCAGAGACGCAAGAAGAUCACUCACCAGCGACUUUUAGCCUUCACCAAACGAUUGAGUAUUCUUGGGACCCAGUUACUACACAACGGCUGCUUGGGAGCCUUGGCUAUUGUCAGACGAGUCAUGCAGCUGGGCAUGGGUGUGGAUGUUUUGUUGGAUGUUGAUCCCACUCUAGGACAGGGAGUAUACAAUCCAGAGCUAGAGGAACCUGAACAUUGUAAUCCUGCCAGCACUGCAUUAUGGGAACUAUCUCUCUUGCAGAGGCAUUACCAUCCGACUGUAAGGAAUCUUGCCCAGCACAUUGUGAGCAGUGAAAACAGCACCUCACAGAUGCCAAUGGAAAUCAGCAAUUUAAAUUGUGUCCAGAUAUUUGACAACUUUGACCCGAGCCAAGUAGUGUUUAAGCCUGCCAUUCCUCCACCAGCCAAGAAUGUGACUGGAGUGGUGAAAGUGAAUGAAAGUUCACAGUUUGUUCAAAGUCUGUCAAAACAUCUCACACUUAGUAAAUCUAGAGAUGGGUUCUCGACAUUGCACACCCAGGUUUCCAAUCAUUUCAAAAAAGAAAAAGCUGCUGUGAAACGAAAAUAAAAAAUAUCUUUGUGAUUGAAAUAAAUGUUUUUAUUUUCAAUA